UUUUUCAAACAAGUUAGUUACCAGCCAGCCAGAGCAGAGCCAGGCCAUAUAUUCUUUGUUUCUAUUGGCAAUGAAGAACUUCUCCACUAUUGCAACUCAAUAUAUUUAUGUGCUAUUCUUCUUGCACUACUGCUGCUGCACCAUGUUUGUUCUGGUUUUAGUGCAAGCAGCAGACCCUUCAUCAUCGGAAGCACCCAUGCACAAAGCAGAGCAACAAGCCCUUUACUCUGCUGUUCAAGCCUUUGUGGGCAGCUGGUGGAACGGCUCAGAUCUUUAUCCUGACCCUUGUGGCUGGACCCCAAUUCAGGGAGUCUAUUGUGAUCUCUACAAUGACUUCUGGUAUGUUAGUGUUAUAAAUAUCGGGCCGCUCUACGACAACUCUCUUCGGUGCACCGCAAAUAUUGUUGAGUUUUCACAUCACCUGUUCAAGCUCAAGCACUUGAAGGUCCUCUCAUUUUUCAGUUGCUUCCUCUCACCAAGCCAAAACCCUAUAACAAUUUCCACUUCAAACUGGGAAAAGCUUGCAAACAGCUUAGAAUCCUUGGAGUUUCGAUCAAACCCCGGUCUCAUUGGAACAGUUCCAAACACUUUUGGUUACCUCAGAAACCUGCAAUCUCUAGUUCUGCUAGAAAAUGGAUUAGGAGGCAACUUGCCUGAGGAAAUAGGCACUUUGGUCAACUUGAGGCGGCUUGUCCUUGCAGGAAACCAAUUUUCAGGCAAGAUUCCAGAAAGCUUUGGAGGGUUGAGUAAGCUCUUAAUAUUGGAUGCAAGCAGAAAUAAACUGUCUGGUUCAUUGCCUUUGACUUUUGGAAGUUUGACUUCACUUCUAAAGCUGGACUUAAGCAACAAUAUGUUGGAGGGGAAGUUGCCUAGAGAGAUUGGAAGGCUAAAAAAUCUCACACUUUUAGACCUUGGCAGUAACAAAAUAUCUGGUGGGUUAGCUCAGUCACUUGAAGAACUGGUUUCUGUAAAAGAAAUGGUGAUAUCCAACAACCCAAUAGGGGGUGGCUUGAAGAGCAUUGAGUGGCAAAAUCUACAAAGCUUGGAAAUUUUGGACCUUUCAAACACAUGCUUGACAGGGAACAUUCACAAGUCCAUGGCAGAAAUGAAAAGGCUUAGAUUUUUAGGACUUAACAGCAACAAUCUCUCAGGAAGAGUAUCUCCAAGGCUGGCAGCUCUGCCUUGCAUCGGUGCUCUUUACCUUUAUGGCAACAAUUUCACUGGAGAACUUGAAUUCUCAGAAUCCUUUUAUAGGAGGAUGGGGAGGCGCUUUGGAGCUUGGAACAACCCAAAACUUUGUUACAGGGCUGAAGGAAAUUCAACAGGCCAUGUUCCUUACGGGGUAAAAUCAUGUAAGCAAGAAACCACUAUUAAUAUUUCUGGUAAUGUUCUUUCAAAUGCCAAGUUAAGUGAAGCAAAUUGGGAUCACAGUAUCCAAUUUGUGGCAUCCUUGGGAUUUUCAAGUUGUAAUCUUGAUGGGGUUCUGUGGGUUAUUAUUGUCCAAGGGAUGUUGUUUAUUCUUCUUCUUUGA